AUCCCUGCUUACAUCAUAAACGAAAGUACAUUGGAUCAGCUGUGUGAAACGGGAUACUAUUAGCUAAACAGGCGGUUACUUUGUUGUCAAAACAUGUCUGGAAGAGGUAAAACUGGUGGGAAGGCCCGCGCUAAGGCCAAGUCUCGUUCAUCCAGAGCUGGACUUCAGUUUCCAGUCGGACGUGUACACAGAUUAUUACGCAAGGGAAAUUACGCCGAGCGCGUAGGCGCAGGAGCCCCCGUGUAUUUGGCCGCUGUCCUGGAAUACCUAACGGCUGAGAUCCUCGAGCUGGCAGGAAACGCCGCCCGUGACAAUAAGAAAACAAGAAUCAUUCCCCGUCACCUGCAGCUGGCUGUCCGCAACGACGAGGAGCUCAACAAGCUUUUAGGCGGUGUUACCAUCGCCCAGGGCGGAGUGCUUCCAAACAUCCAGGCAGUGCUGCUGCCCAAGAAAACCGAAAAGCCAGCCAAGAGCAAGUAACGGGGUUUUGCGAUCAUGGACAAUGACACAAACGCAGCUCCGCUACUUUGAGUCCAAGUGAUGUUAUGUUCUCUACUUCACCUUAUAUUGUGUAUGUUUUAAUGAAGACGACAGCUGCAUCUUGUAAACUUUGAUUUAUUUUUUGGUGUUGAUAAUUGUUCUUUUGGACAGACGUACUCCCUUACACAGGAAGAGAUCUACACCAUCACAAGGCUUUAUAUAGCCUUGGGACUUUUAACCUGCCAUCACGGUGGACUAUCCUUACGGAGAAGAAAAAAAACCUCCAUUUGUGAGGCGAAUGUCCAUUAGAAUUCCAUUGUAUAUGGACCAAUGCUGGUUACACUUUAUUUGUCAUUGCUUUAAAUUACAUGCAAGUCAUGUCUUUUAUCUGCUGUUCAAGUGCUUAUGUUUCAAUAAAUGUUAAGUGCAAGUGGAAGGCACAGAGAACCCUU